CCCCCUCCUCUUCUCUUCUCCACGACUCGUACUCGCCUUCACCUCACAGUGCCACGCUUUGCCCCCUGCCAUGCGCCGCCCGUGGAGGCACCCGGCUUCCGCCGCCGUGGCGCGCCACGGCGCCGCCGACCUCUACCUCCGUGAGGUCGGGGACCUCCUCCCCCGCCGCUUCGCGCGCCGCGCCGCCGGCUCCGAGGACCUUGUAAUGCGCCUCCAGAUUCACCGGAAGCUUGACAAUCACACAGGCUGCGUGAACACGGUGGCCUUCAAUGAGAUCGGUGACACCCUCAUAUCAGGGUCCGAUGACCAGAUGGUGAUGCUGUGGGACUGGGAUACCGGCGCUGUCAAAUUAGAGUUCCAUUCAGGCCAUGGUGGCAAUGUGUUCCAGGCACGGUUCAUGCCCUGCACGGACGAUCGGACCAUUGUCACUUGUGCUGCCGAUGGCGAGGUGAGGCUUGCCAAGAUACAGGAUGGUGGAGAUGUGCCCACUACAUUGCUUGGUGAACAUGGGGGAAGGGCUCACAAUUUGGCUAUAGAGCCUGGUAGUCCUUAUAUCUUUUAUAGCUGUGGCGAGGAUGGUCUUGUCCAACAUUUUGAUUUGAGAACAAAUACAGCCACAAAACUAUUUUUUUGCAGAAGCUCUUGGGGUAAAUCAGGAUCCUCCUCUUGUGUUCACCUUAAUGCGAUUACAAUAGAUCCGAGGAACCCGAAUCUUUUUGCAGUUGGAGGAAGCAAUGCAUAUGCUCGUGUGUAUGACAUCCGCAAGUACAAGUGGGAUGGAUCAUCUGAUUUCGGUCAACCAUCUGACUGCUAUUGUCCAUCACAUCUUGUUGACGAUAAGAGUGUUGGAAUAACAGGGUUAGCAUUCUCUCACCAGAGUGAGUUGCUCGUAUCUUACAACGAAGAGAAUAUUUACCUAUUCCCUAAAAAUGGAGGGCUUGGAUCUGAUCCAAAGUCGUCUGUCAAGAUUAGAUCCAAUGAAGGAUGCAAACCAACACGGGUUGCAUCUGGACAUGAUGUUGAUCAACCUGUUGCACCUCAGGCAUAUGUCGGCCAUCGCAAUCGUGAGACUGUGAAGCGUGUGACUUUCAUUGGGCCAAACGAUGAAUAUGUUGCCAGUGGGUCUGACUGUGGUCGGAUAUUUAUCUGGAGAAAGAGAGAUGGGAAGUUUUUAGUGGCUAUGGAGGGUGAUGAGUGCAUUGUGAAUUGUAUUGAGCCCCAUCCUCAUGCUAUGACGAUUGCAAGCAGUGGAAUUGAUAAUGAUGUGAAGAUAUGGACUCCCUCUGCCAUUGAGCGAGCACCAGCUGUAAAUGUUGAGGAGUUGAGGCCUCGCAAGAGAAGAGCCAAGCUGUGGCAUUUCGACUUACCAGAGCUGUUGAUCCAGCAUUUGCUGGCUUCAGAACGUAGGCAACAAGCAGCUGAAGAAGAUUCAUCAGAGGACCUUGAGGACAACACUGGGUUACUUAGUCUUGUACUGCAUGCUGCAGACGGAGGUGUGUCAUCUGCAGACGAUGAAGAAACCUCCGAGGGCUCUGGAGAGUGUAGUCUCAACUGAUCUAUUGUCCACCUGUCAGGGAGCAUUGCAAAAUUGUAUAUAUACAAUAAUAAGUUACUAUGUUCUCAUGGAUGAUACAAGAGAACAAGUGUGGUUUUUCUAGCUUGUAACUUCUAUGUAAUAGGUAUGUGUUUCAAGAGGCCUUUUUAUUGAGAAAUUUGAACCUUAAAAAUUGUGUGCCAGCAUCUUUUGAAAGUCUGCAAUGAUGUUACAUUUUUUAAGA